UGUCCCUAACCCCUCCUCAUUGGCCUUUUCUCCCUGAUCCCCUGGGCACUGGGAGCCAGGGAAUAAAGGCAGAGAACUGGGGAGGGAGGCGGCCGUGGCUGCUGGCACUCCGCUGGUUCGCACUCUCCUUGAGCUGCACACUGCGAUGGAGACUCCACUUGAGAAGGCCCUGACCACUAUGGUCACCACAUUCCACAAAUACUCGGGGAGAGAGGGUAGCAAGCUGACCCUGAGUAGGAAGGAACUAAAGGAGUUGAUCAAGAAGGAGCUGAGUCUUGGGGAGAAGAUGAAGGAGAGCAGCAUCGACGACCUGAUGAAGAGCCUGGAUAAAAACAGCGACCAGGAGAUUGACUUCAAGGAGUACUCGGUGUUCCUGACCACGCUGUGCAUGGCCUACAAUGACUUCUUCCUGGAGGACAACCAGUGACCGGGGCUCCCCUCUGCCCUCUCUGUUUGCCACAGCUGUUGACCUCUCUAGCUCCUUUGACGACCCUCCUUGGCCCCUGACCCUCCUCUUCCUUCCUGAUAGACUCUUCCAGCAGAGGCAAUAAAGAUUUUCCACCUCAA